AUGGAUCCCAAUGAAAUGCCUGCUGUGCCCUGCGACCCCCCCGACUCCACCACUGGACUUGAGACCGGAGCCCCAAGGGGGAUUGAACUUGGCCCCAGAAGAGCUAUACGUCGCUGUGCCCGCUGCCACAACCACGGCAUCACUGACGAAAUCAAGGACCAGGAGCACGUCUGCCUCUUCGAGGCCUGCAAGUGUCAGAAGUGUGCCCGCUUCUCGGAACACUGCAGCAUCUUGCCUGCUGAGAGUGCCUUGAAGUCGCAGCGGGGGCCACGCCGAAAGAGGCACCUGACUGAAGGACGGAUAAGGAGUGGGACCACCUCUCGCAAAGCUCACAGCCAUGUCAACAAGUUGGCCAUUGAAGCAGGAGUCCGCAGCAAGCUCCCAAGGAGCUCUGCUGAUCGGUCUGGUCGCGGAAUCUUUGUCUCUGUCCUGGACUCCAGCACCCUUGAAGAAGCAACUAACAAUUUCUCUUUCCAGGGAGUCACACAGACCCCCUGCCCGGCCCAGCAGGCUCCCAAAGCUUCCGAGCAGGCCUCGGUUUCUGCCUCCUCAGAGUGGCAGCAACAAGUGGAAGCGGCCAAGGCUCUGCUGGCUCUAAAAGGAUCUUCCCAGGCCCCUUCUGGCUCCACCUCCGUGCUCCAGCCCUGUGUUGCACCAGCUCCUGCUGGAGAUAGAGGACUUCAGCCUCCUAACCCCUCUCUUUGA